AUGAAUAUUAGUGAUAUUGGUCCUAAAGGCAACAACGGCAGUAUUGGCAAUUCUGGGCCUAAAGGUGACGAAGGUGAUAAAGGGGAUGUUGGCAAUUCUGGACGUAAAGGUGACAAAGGAGAAAACGGAAAUGCUGGUGAGAAAGGAAAUGAAGGAACUAUGGGACCUAUGGGUGACAAGGGAGAAAUCGGAACUGGUGAGAAAGGAGACAAAGGAACAGGAGAUGUUGGACCUAAAGGAGGCAAAGGGAGUGUUGGUGCUCUUGGGCCUAAAGGAGACAAAGGUGUCAAAGGAGACAAAGGAAUAGGAGAUGUUGGAUCAAAAGGAGACAAAGGGAGUGUUGGUAUAUGCUUUCUAAUGACUUUACCAAAUCAGAUAGUACUUUUCUUAGAGGUAUCGUGUUGAUUACUAUUAGGUGCUCUUGGGCCUAAAGGAAACAAAGGUGACAAAGGAAUAGGAGAUGUUGGACCUAAAGGCGACAAAGGAGACAAAGGGAGUAUUGGUAUAUGCUUUCUAAUGACUUUGUUAACCUGAUAAUACUUUUCUUAGAGGCAUUUUGUUAAUUAUUAUUAUUAGGUGCUUUUGGGCCUAAAGGAGACAUAGGUAAUGUUGGUAU